AUGGAAGAAGAUAUAAACUCAUUUCCAUUUCCUCCUCCUCUCUCCCUCCUCUCAAACCCAUUCCCACCAUCAAUUUCUUCGCAGCGCCCCAAUCAAAGAGGUUUUGUGGAGUGGGUCAAGGCUAUUGGGUUUGAGGUCUGGGGAGGUGCGCAAGUGGGGGAAAUCAAGGUGGGGCUAUGUGGGUGGGGAGGCGGUUGGGGGCUGGGUGGGUAG